CCUCCGUGGGUCCAGGCGGGCUGGGCGAAGGUGAAUAUAUUAUGCUAAUAAGGAGGCUCUUGCGGGAGGGGGCGGUCCGCGCUUCAGGCGCGCGCGCACUGUCUCACCCGAAAGCGUCCCGGGGUAUUUAAGGCUCGCACACGCGGGUCUGCAGAGCUACUUUUGGGGCCUCGCAGCUCGCGAUCGCUGCUUGGGUCACUCGGUUCUCCUCUUUCCUGUAUUCCUUUACCACCCACGGGGGCCGCGCUUUCGCCGGCUCUCUGCAUUUCCUUUUCUUUUUGGCCUUGAACUGAUCCAGGUGGGAGACAGGUCGGCGGGUGGAUAAAGGUAGAGAUAGGCAGGCAGACUCAACAGGUCGGAGCCUAGAGAGGGGCUCUCGGACCCUGCGCCUCCGCGCGGGGGACCACUAAGGAGGUGUCGGAUUUUGAGGGGUCAGAAGAACUGUCCUGGUGGGUUUCAUUUCUGCUGUGACCCCCCCCCCCCAGACCCCCCGACGCUACACAGUUCCCGGCCGGAGGGUAUUUUUCACUUCUAGCUGGAAGGGGGAGAAGGAAUCUGGAGGACGGUCGGUCCACGCCUGCUGAUCCAGACGCUGAGCCACGCGCAGGUCCAUCUCCAAGCCGGGGGCUCCGACUCGACCAACUAGUUGUGCAGCCGUAGGGACUGAACUUUGGAGGAACCUGCCCUUCUUCUCAUUCUAAGAUUAUUGGAGGAGGUAGAGGUUGGAAGGCGUAGCGGAGACCGGCGACCCCGCCACAAUGUUGGUGAAGAAGCUUGCAGGGAAAGGAGGGGGACGAGAGUCUGGAUCAGAAGAUCCGCGCCCCUUGGGACAGCUUUGUGCGGGCACCCUGCCCUCGUGCACCGCCCUGGCGACCCUCCUGUCAGUGGUUGCUGUGGUUUUUUGUUUGUAUCUCGGGGUGAAAACCAACGACCUCCAGGCGAGGAUUGCUGCUCUUGAAUCUGCUAAAGGGACCCCUUCCUUCCAUCCGCUGCCUGACACCAUGGAUGAGCUGAAGGCAAUGGUUCAGGAGAAAGUGGAGCGUCUCUUGGCUCAGAAAUCCUAUGAACAUAUGGCUAAAAUAAGAACCGCCAGGGAAGCACCUUCAGAGUGCAACUGCCCAGCAGGUCCUCCAGGGAAACGAGGGAAGAGAGGCCGAAGAGGAGAAUCUGGUCCUCCUGGUCAGCCUGGUCCUCAGGGCCCCCCUGGUCCGAAAGGUGAUAAGGGAGAACAAGGUGAUCAGGGGCCUCGGAUGGUGUUUCCUAAAAUCAAUCAUGGCUUUCUCUCUGCUGAUCAGCAGCUCAUUAAACGCCGGCUGAUUAAGGGCGACCAAGGACAGGCAGGGCCUCCAGGACCCCCAGGCCCUCCUGGUCCAAGAGGCCCACCUGGGGACACAGGGAAGGACGGCCCCCGAGGAAUGCCAGGAGUACCCGGUGAACCAGGAAAACCAGGAGAACAAGGCUUGAUGGGACCUCUGGGGCCUCCAGGACAAAAGGGUUCCAUUGGAGCACCUGGGACCCCAGGCAUGGAUGGGCAAAAGGGUGAGCCUGGACCACCUGGAGAAGCCGGGCAAAGUGGACUGCCGGGACCUAAGGGGGAACCUGGAAAAGAAGGAGAAAAGGGAGAUGCUGGAGAAAAUGGUCCCAAAGGUGAUGCAGGAGAAAAGGGUGACCCUGGAUCAUCUGCUGCAGGAAUUAAGGGAGAACCUGGAGAAUCGGGCCGUCCCGGGCAGAAGGGUGAACCAGGGCUGCCUGGGCUGCCUGGACUUCCGGGGAUAAAGGGAGAACCAGGCUUCAUUGGUCCUCAAGGAGAACCGGGCUUACCAGGGUUACCAGGAACAAAAGGUGAACGUGGGGAGGCGGGGCCUCCUGGAAGAGGUGAACGAGGGGAUCCUGGAGCCCCGGGGCCAAAGGGGAAGCAAGGUGAAUCAGGAGCUAGAGGCCCAAAGGGGUCAAAGGGUGAUCGUGGAGACAAAGGAGACUCUGGAGCUCUGGGACCACGGGGUCCACCUGGGCAAAAGGGAGAUCCAGGAGCCACUGAGAUCAUAGACUACAAUGGCAACCUCCAUGAGGCCUUACAGAGGAUUACCACCUUAACUGUCACGGGCCCCCCUGGACCUCCCGGACCUCAAGGACUACAAGGGCCAAAGGGUGAGCAAGGUUCUCCAGGAAUCCCCGGAGUUGAUGGAGAACAGGGACUCAAAGGCUCAAAGGGAGACGUGGGAGACCCAGGUAUGCCAGGCGAAAAAGGAGGAAUCGGACUUCCCGGAUUGCCGGGUGCCAAUGGAGUCAAGGGAGAGAAAGGAGACUCCGGUUUGCCAGGCCCUCAGGGGCCUUCUAUCAUAGGCCCACCAGGCCCUCCAGGUCCCCAUGGCCCACCUGGUCCCAUGGGGCCCCAUGGACUUCCUGGACCAAAGGGUGAACCAGGGUUAAAUGGUGUUAAAGGAUUGAAGGGUGAACCAGGUCAAAAGGGUGACAGAGGACCCCUUGGUCUUCCAGGAGCAUCUGGCUUAGACGGAAAGCCAGGAUCCCGGGGUGCUGAUGGUCCUAUAGGACCCCAUGGCCCUGCAGGUCCCAAAGGAGAAAGAGGAGAGAAGGGAGCUGUGGGAGAACCUGGACCCAGAGGGCCCUAUGGGCUGCCUGGCAAAGAUGGAGAGCCUGGUCUUGAUGGCUUCCCUGGUCCUCGAGGCGAGAAGGGUGACCUGGGAGAAAAGGGAGAAAAGGGGGAAAAGGGAAAGAAGGGCAGAAAGGGGCCUAAAGGGGAGAAAGGAGAGCAGGGCGCUCCUGGAUUAGAUGCACCCUGCCCGUUGGGACCUGAUGGGUUACCUAUGCCUGGCUGCUGGCAAAAGUGAUGAAUCUAACCUUCCGAGCAUGAAGUUGUGUAUAUAAUGAUCCGCCUUUUAUAUUUAUAGUUGAAAAACUGAAGUGCAGAUUUUGCAAGUGUGAGAUCUGUUCCCCCGACACACGGCUUCUCUCCCUGUCCACAGUAGCACCCUUGUCUAUCUUUCCUCACGUCUGAAAUUAGGCCAUUCACGGAAGUGAGGAGCCCGCAGGAAGUAUAAUGUCUCUAUUUUAUGUGAACGUAUGUAAUGUGUUUAUAUGGACAUCAGUGAUAGAGAUCAAUUGGUUGCUUUUGCUAUUUUCUUAUUUGAGGCUUGUUAAUUGCAUGGACAAAAAAGUGCCAUGAAAUAGUUUACAUGAAAUCGUGACCAAAUAUGGACUCAAAGCUAUGAACACGCAGCACACAUUCCCUGGUAGCAUUCAUUCAUGACUACACCACCUACUGAAAAUGACUAAAAACAGCAUGACCGUGUGCCAAACCUGCUUGAGCAAAUGCGGAUGCUUGCAUGCUGCCCAGUGAGUUCUUUGCCUACAUCUAAGCUCUUAUUCCUUCUGUCAUCUCAAGGGGGUUACACCGUGGCUUAUUGCCAAAAAGAGAUGAAUUGACGGAGAGCACACACACACAGUUGGUCUUAUAUUUUGAGGGAGUUUGCAGUACCGACUGCAGAUCCACAGCUCCUGAUCUUGUGCGCUCCUGUGACCACCUUGGUUGAAAUACCAAAGGGUUAGGCUGAUGGCUGCCACUAGUUUUUCCUCGGGCGUCGCUUGGCGGUGAAGAUGCAGGAAGAGGACCGGUUCAGCAUCCUGCACUGUCUUUCACGUGACCAAGUUGGAAGGAGGUUUACAAACACGAACGAACAUCCAGAACCGUGGUUUUCUACGUGAUCUGAUCUGACUUCCCACGGGGGUGGAUGCUUUGGGAGAGUAUCAGAGGUGUGCAGCGGUGUUUUGGAGACAGCAGAGCCUUGGAAUGGAAGCCCCUGUUUGUGCAGAUUGGCAGGUGCGGACAUCCUAUCAGAGCUCAGGUUGCUGAAGAGAGACUGUGUCCCAAGAUGGGACCAGGCUGAAUAAGCUGUGCUACAAAUGCAGACUUUACCAAAGGUUGUCGGAAAGUGUCCCUUCCUUCCUUCCCGGGUUGAUCCAUACCAAACGUUUUUCUACAAGUUCAAAAAAAAAAUGUAGUUUCCAAUUUUUCUCAUACUUUUUAUUUUCUUAGUCCAGGAACAGAAACCAUUUGUUUCAGUUUGGGUCUCAUAGGUUUUUAAACAACAUUUUUAUUCAGAUCAUAAUUUGAAUCCAACAGUAAAAAUAACUUCUUCACAUCUCUUUUUGUUGUUUAUUUGUUUGCUUAAUUAAAGAAAUUAUAGAGAGACUCCAUUUUUGGCUUAACCAUUGUAAAGUACGAAGGUUAAGCAUUUUUUUCACUACUUUUUGGUUUACAUUGACAAAUGUACCUGUCAGUUAUUGUAAAGUCAAAUUUUUAUCACAUUUUGGUAGCAUGGGCUUACUUCUUCUAAGCUUUUUUCUUUAUUGAAGUUUAUUUCACACUUUUGUUUUUACAUUUCUAAGUGUUUGUCUUAUACACAGACCAAAUCUGAGAUCUCAGAAAGCUCUGGAAUUCAGAUGCCAUAAAAUGAGUCUCGUUUUGACUGAUUUGCUCAAAACUCACCUACAUAGUCUUAGCCUGGACAUUUCUUUGCACAAUGAAGACUUUGCGACAUGUUUUGAAAUAACUUAUUCUAAGUGGAAGGGCUGCUUUGAAGAAGUGCCAUCAGUGGGAGCAGUCAUUCUGGCAGCCCAUUGGAGAAUUUCAUUUCCCUCAGUGAGUAAAUGCUGGUUUUAUGGGAAUAUUUUGUGCUUAGAUAUUUAGUACCAGAGGGGAAAUUAGUUCAUGCUUGGGAUUACAGCAAUGAAGAUACUGUUUCAAGACAGAUCUUAAGAUGUCAUUCAUAUUGUGUAACCAAAUGCUCAAUCAUACAAAAUGGUGUCAUCUUUUUAUUUCUUUAUGUCAAUUCUGAGACUAAAAUUUACUAUUUCUGAUAACAUUCCACACCCGUAAGCCAAUUUAGCAUUUUUUUUUUAAUGGAGAGUAUUUUCUAACAAUUUCUUAUAUGGUAUAGUUAGGGUAAGGUAUUUCUCAAUAUAUGAAACAACUCGUCUUAAAUCAUUUGUGGAACAGAAGUGAGCCCAAGAUUACAUAUUAUCUUCAGAAAACCAGAACAAACUAUAGUCUCUUGAGGCCAUCUGGUGACCAUAUCUCCUCUUAUCUUCCUUUCUGUUUCUCCACUAGAAAGAGGUAUUGAGAGGGAUCAUUAUUUAAAAGUUAAACAGAUUCAAAUGAGACUAGUUCAACAACAAAAGAAGUGUUAAAGCGCUGGACAUACCCCUGUAAAGAUACCACAUAGACUGUGUGUGCACUGAGGGGGGGGGGGAAUCUGGCUUGUAAGACACAUUUAAAGAAAUGUGUAAACUUCCAUUUCAUGAACGUCCUUGGAAGAGGCAAACGGAAUGAUGGUUGUCCUCUGUGCUCACUGGAUUGCUAGGCUAACCACCAUGAGUGAGCCUUAAACUUUGGGCUAUUAAGACAUCAUUAAUCACCUAUUAUAUCAUCAAAAUGAAUAAUUUCCAAAUGAAUCAAUAAUAAACCAUCACUGCUGGUACAUAGGUUUAUAGAUAGCAUUCUUUCUUAUAAAAACUACUUUAGGAGAAUUAAGGAAAAAAGUAUGAAGCACCCAUCGAAAAUACGUCAAAGUCGGGUUUUUUCAGAGACACCCAACCUCUCUAAAGGAUGCCAUUGUAAUGUUUCUCUUCACAGUGUUUUCUACCCGUGUGGUUGGUGCUGAUGAAUCUUCCCUCUAUCUUUAUGGACUGUGGACCUUUAUUGUGGGUAGUUUCAUUUCUCUGUUUAAUGGCAUUCCUAAGCUGUUAGUGCACGGUUUCAUUUUUGGAGUUCAUGAGUUUGUUGUAAACAGAGUUCAGUGACCAGCCUUUGCUAAUGUAAACCAGCCUCCCGAGGCUCCCCCUAUUCUGUGCUCAAGCUCUACACCAUUUCACCACUUGCCUUUAUCAGUUUGCAUUGCCUCCUCUUUGGAGUCACUCACCUUUCAGCCUCCAUAGCCGGUGUUAGAGAAGUCUGCGUCUGGUACCUGUUAAUGGCUGUCCUUUCCCAUCAUCAAAUGCAGCCUUGGAGGGGUUUCCCUUAUCCUGUUAUUUUAUGGAGAGCAUUGGAAUGCCUCUCCAUCCUACCAGUAGAAAUUUUUUUGGUUUUGUAUUUACACUCUGUGCAUAUGAUGUGUUAGUGGGGGCAGUUUACAUAUAUUACAUGGACUCUGUGUAUAUAUCUGGUAGCUUAAGAAAAUGGUCAGAUCACCAUUCUGUACCUAUGGGGAAGUUGUCCUUGAUCUCUUACAUUUUUGGCACUUAGGAAAUGUGCCUAAAGUAUUUCCAAGUAUGCUUUUAAAAUAUUUCUAGUAAAGCAUUAAAAGAUAACAGUUUUAAACCCCCCCCCCCCACUAUGUCUGCCUUAUGGUAGUUCCGCUUCUUCUCAUGAGGGGUAGUGAGAAACUUGGAUGCUGACAUUUGAAACCUUGAUUUUCUUCCUUUCUUGAUAUUCAAAUUAUUUAAUGCUACUAAGACAAAGAAUUUAAUAACUUGUACCCCCCCCAAAAAAAAGUUUCGCUAUCUUAUAAGGUUCAAAGGAGCCUUAUCAUUCCAUUCCAGACAUCCUGAGAAUGGUCAGGCUUGAUGCUGGUGAUUGGCAGAUCUGCCAAACUGUGAUAGGCUGUAAAGGUCUUCUGUCCCUCCUUCUGUUUUCCUAAAUACUUUCUCUUUCAUCUUCUCCUUUUGCUCCACAUUAUAUACCAGAGACACUCCUCCCACUUAGAUUGCCAGUGAAUUUAUUUAGGGUUUUUCUUACUUUUAUACUAAUAAACAUUUGAAUGGCUUUUCUUUUUUUCACUAAAAUGUAUGAACUGCCUCCUCUGCUUAUUGGCAGAGUGAUUUGGAGACAGGAGGAUGGACCUCAUUGUGCUUGAUUUCUUGACAAGAAAAAAAAUACCAAUGCUUUCAAAACGAGUUGAUAUUCUGACCCAUCUCAGAAAUACUAAUGAGUCAGAUUCAAAAAGGAAUGUCUCCCAUAUUGCUGACAUCUGGGUGGAUAUUCUUUACAGUGUUGUAAAUGUUUCAUUGAGCUGGACAUUUUUUAAAAGAUGUAUGUAUCUGAUUUAUCUUUUGGAAAUAUUAUAUUUUUAUUUGUAUUUUUUACAUUUUAAAGUUCAUCUCUAUGUGCAGCUAUUUUUAUAUUGCCAAAAACUCACAUAAAUACAUAGUAAGAGGGAAAUGGGGGGAAAAUGGCAAGUGUAACCUUGUGUGUGUGUGUGUUUUUUAAUUUUUUAUGGGCCAGUCUCAUGUACUUGGUUAUUCUAAGAAUACAUUGUAUCUUUCCACUGUACAUAUGGCAAAACCUGAUUGUCUCUGAAGUGUAAAUAUUUAAAAGAUUGAUUUUUCCCCUGUUUGAUUUCUUAUUUCAAUUGUAACUUUCACAGGUGUCAUCACUGAAUCAAAGGCCUAUGAAGGCUUUGACUGGCAGUCUGGAUUUCUUAUUUCAAUUGUAACUUCCCCAGCUGUCAUCACUAAAUCAAAGGCCUGUGAAGGCUUUGAUUGGCAGUCUGGAGAUGACUAUGUUGGGUUCACUUUCUAAUUUGUUUUUUAAUUACUUUCAAAACUUGUUUUCAGGGUUCCUAGUUUGUGAGAAGUUGACCUUCAGAAUUAUUUUUACACUAUUUAUGACUUAUUUUCAUAAUGUAAAAAGUGUGUAAUUAUUAUAUUAACCCAAUGAUAAUGAAUUGUAUUGUUAUAAAGUUUUAAUGAUAUUCCUGA